AGUCGAAUUAAAAGAAAGUUUUUGUAAUCAAGUUGUAUAAUUUCAAAAAAAAAAAAUAAUAAUAAUAUAUAAGAAAUAGAAUUUCAAAAUUGUGUAAUUAGUUUUAACGUGUUCAGCGAUAUUUUAAAUUGUCAUUUGUAAUGUUCCAGCUGAUACCAUACGAUAAACAAAUUAAAUUGAUGGCCCGCACUUACAAACUCAAGAUGGACGCAUCUAGACAAUCUAUGGAAAUGUUGAAUUUACCCAACAAUUAUUUUUUCAUAAUGCAUCGGAUUCUGUUAUUAAUGUGUUUACACGGCGUGCUGGAGAGUCUGUAUAUCUUUACGUGCCACUAUUGCACCCUGGCUAUCAAGCUGCCGACUCUGUGGCACAAUCAUCGAUUUCUGAUACUUCCUCCCGAGCUAACUCGACAAUUGCGUUGUGGCUUUGGUUUUUUACAUAUAAAUGCCUGGUUAGGUUUGACCUAUGCUGCCUUAGCCUUCGCGCCCGCACUUAUGAUACCCUGGCUGAUAUAUUAUUACGGCUUCUUGGGCUUACACCUGUUGAAGUUGUCCAUCAAAGUGUUGGGAAAGAGUAUGCAGGGCGAGGGCAUUCAAACGUCUAUUAAACUAAUGGGCUUGUCGCUGAAAAUUGCCUUUGUCAUUCUAUGCAAAAGAAACUAUGAAGCAAUACUCAAGUCAAUGGCAAUAUAGAAGGCGUAUUUGAAUUUUUAAAUAUGCGGGCUAUUUAAAGCAAUGUAGAGUAUAAAAUAAACAAGCAAAGUUAGAAGCUGGGACCUGCUCAAAUUUUUGACUGACUGUCCAAUUGUAAUAAUUCUA